CUAGUUGCGUCCCAGGGCCAUAGGCUGCGGUGGCGGGCUGGGGUUGGCUGGGAGGGACGUUUCACAUAAAUGCUUGGUAGUUUGCAGAUUGUUCAAAAUUUCAAGUAAGGUCUGAAGUCUGCUGAAGCUGGUGAAUGUCGUACAGAAUUGUGGUGUGCAGAUACCAAGUGAACGCAUCCAGAAUGGAUCAGUGGUAACGAAUUCACAAGGUUACAUUCAACCUGAUCCAAUGUAUGCUGCACCAUCUGAUGUGGAGGCAGCUGUCCAGUCAGCACUGGGCACCUUCAGUCUGCACCUGCUCAGCACAGAUGAACUGAAGCAGCUGCUGAACAAUGAUGAACAGCUGGACAGCAAAGUCCAGGACUUGGCUGCUAUCCAGUCGCUUCGUAGCACCCGGGACGUUACCGUCGGCAGCAACAAGUCACUAGCCGAAUAUAACCUGGCCCAGCAGCCCCGCAUAAUGGAGCUGAAGAGCAAGGUGCGCCAGCUGCUGGAGGAAACAGAUGCGCUCCAGCAGGAAAUCAAGGACAAGAGGGACAAGCUGAGCGUGGUGGAUCAGCCACUGGACACCACACUGGCAUUGCUACAGACAGCAGCGGCAGAAGCCGAGGAAGAGUCUGAGAAUCUGGUGCAGUCCAUGCUAAACGGCGAGAUGUCGCUGGACAACUUCCUGGAGCUGUACCUGCCGAAGCGGCGCGUAGCCAUCGCACGGCGGGUGAAGACCGACAAGCUGAAGGAGUUGGUGCGCUCGCAGGGCGGCGGCGGCGGCGGGGGCGGGUACCAGCUGCCGGCCAGCAGCGGGCCGCCGCCCGUCGCCACGCCGUACCCGCCGGCGCCGGCCGCGCCCUCGCCGUACGGCGCCGCCACCCCUUACCCUGGCGUGCCGUACCCGCCGGCCGGCGGCUACCAGCCGGCCGGGCCGGCGCUGCCCUACCCGUACAUGCCGGGCGGCAUGCCGCUGCCGCGGUACUGAGAGCGGGCCGCCGGUGCCGCCCGGCGCACAGUCCGCCCCGCCGGCCGGCCGGCUGAUGCACCUGUGAUUGCCUGUCCUGUGCAGCGGAUAAGUCCGGAGCGCGCCAGGGCGGGACGUGACCACAGCUACGAUGGAAAAUCGGCGGGCACGAUGCGGGUGGUCUGGACGGCAUUUAACCAUGUAUGGGGGACUCCGUUUACUGCCCGUGAUGUCCUCUUCCGCUGGUGUUAGAAUGUCGUAUGUUAACUAAUACAGAUAUGCAGUGUGACAGAAUACAACUAAAACGACAG